AGACGAGCCUAAAAAAGAAAAUGGAUAAAUAGAUACUUCUUGACAAUAUUUGACAUGAUUAAUACCAACCCUUUGUCGCAAGGUAUGUUGGGGAUGGUAAUUAGGUCAGUCGGCUUGUUGAAAGGAGCCCUGUUGCUGGUAGGUGGAGGAAAGAGGCUGCCAAUUCCCUGGAGGAACGUCAGUGUUGGGACAGGGGUGGUAGAGGAGAGUACAGUGCUACUGCUGAACUGGAGCCCAUUAGUUAUAAAACACUGAAACACAACACAGACUGGACAGGAAUCCCAGAGAACAUCCUUGAACCCUCAGUUGUAACACUGCAUUACAACUUGGAUUUUUAUAUGCUUUCACUGUGUAUGAUGCGCUUCCUUUAACGCUGGAUUUUAUGAGAUGGAUCUUUUUUCAAAGCAAAAUCUUUUCUGAUUUGUUUUACACCAGAUUUUGGGUGAAUGACAACAGAAUCUGACAGAAUAAUUCCGGAAUUGACAUUUUUGCAGGAGAUUUUUUUUGAGCCGACACCCUUCCUACGCUUUUUAAAAAGGUAUUUUUAACCUUCCAUGCUAUCGUUGUGCAAACGCUCCCAUCUAUUUUGGAUAAGUAUUAUCCAACUUGGCUGAUUUCUCAAGUGAGCAUUAGUAUCACAUCUCUCCUCUGGCUCUGCACCCGUUAUAGAAACACGGAUCGCUUUCGCAGACUGACACUGCUGCCUGUGGGACGCUCCUGUGUUAUUUCUCCCUCUGUUUUUCACAAGUCUCUAAACUUUUUUUUUGGUACAAUAAUCUAAAGAAGUGACCAGUCGCCUGAAAUGCUUGUCAUCUCCAUUGCUUUUCUCGUGUUCCCGGCUGCGCUCUUCGUGGCCGCACAAAGCGUCGGGGAGCUUCACGGCCUCACCUCCCACGGAGGCCACGCCGGCUUCGACCCGCCAGACCCAUGUAUGACUAUAUUUCCACCAUGUUUGAGCGAGGCCGAUCGCUACAGCCUGGAGGCCCUGCGGAACAUCCACCACAUGAUGGACGAUGACCAAGAUGGUGGCAUUGAGGUGGAGGAGAGCAUGGAGUUCAUUAUUGAAGACAUGAAGCAGCAACAGACCCACAAACACAGCAAUCUGCACAGAGAAGACCAGCACAUCACAGUGGAGGAACUCUGGAGGGGCUGGAAGUCAUCUGAGGUGCACAACUGGACACUAGAUGACGUUCUACGCUGGCUGAAAGACUUUGUCGAGCUGCCGCAGUAUGAGAGGAAUUUUAAGGACUUUAAAGUCAAUGGAAACACCCUUCCCAGGAUUGCAGCAAAUGAACCAUCAUUCCUGAGUGCCCAGCUGAAAGUGCUGGACCAGAGAGACAAACAGAAGCUGAACAUUAAAGCUCUGGAUGUGGUGCUGUUUGGACCACCUACACGCCCCCCUCAUAACUACAUGAAGGACCUGCUGCUCAUCGUGUCGGUGGUGAUGGGAAUUGGAGGCUGCUGGUUUGCCCAGGCACAAAAUAAAGCCAGCAAAUUUCAUGUCGCCAGAAUGAUGAAAGAUUUAGAAAGUCUUCAGAGGGCAGAACAGAGCCUCACAGACCUACAGGAACAACUGGAGCGGGCUCAGGAAGAAAAACGAAGCGUGGCUGUAGAAAAACAAUACCUGGAGGAGAAGAUGAGAGAUGAGAUCAUUGGAGCUCAGGAGGAAGCUCACCGUCUGCAUGAACUGAGGCAGGGAGCGGUCAGCGAGCUCAGCCGCUUACGGUACGCAGAGGAAGAACUGGAACAGGUCCGUGGAGCGCUGAAGCAGGCUGAGAAGGAGAUGAUAGCUAGUUGGACGUUCUCAGGCGCCCUUCAGCAGUGGCUCCAGCUUACACACGAGGUGGAGGUUAAGUACUACAACGUUAAAAAGCACAGUGCAGAACUGCAACUGGGUGCUGCCAAGGAAGAGGCAGAGAGGAUCAAGAAGAAGAGGGGUUCUGUUCUAGGAACGUUUCACAUGGCCCACAGCUCCUCUCUAGACAAUGUUGAUCACAAAAUCAUGGAAGCAAAGCACGCGCUGUCCGAAGUAACGGCUUGUCUGCGAGAGCGCCUGCACCGCUGGCAGCAAAUCGAGCUCCUCUGUGGGUUUCCUAUUAUGAGGAACCCUGGACUGACUAACCUCACCGCUCAACUCUACUCAGACUCAACAGCCUUGGGGUUCCCCCGGGUAUCACAGUCUUCAUGUUCGUGUCGCAGCUCUGUUCACGGCUCAAUAGAGGAUCUUCUGGAUGAGCCCGCUGCUCCCAUCAUGCCGCAGAUGCCUGUCCCCAUUCCACCUCUUAAACGCUCGCCUCGUCUUCGGGGAUCCACCAUCUCUAGGGCACGGCGUCCCGGAGUCAUCCCUCCAUCACAACCUACCAUGAUUUCCUCAGACCCCGACCUGAUCCCCAUCAGAUCCCCUUAUUCUUGCUACGAUGACGGAGAGGAGCUCCUCCGGCAAACUCUUAAGAAACAAGAUUCCCAAGAGAAAUUCUAUGACUCCGAGUUUAUUGCAUCCCCUUCUCACAGCAAAAUGUUUUCUAGUCCUCCUACUCUCGAGGCUUCCUCUAGGAGGUUCUAUCACGAUGAAGCUGAGCUCUGUGCAGACAGCCCAGUUACAAAGCCUUCGAGCGAACAUCUAGAAGCUCCUGCUGAAUCUCCAGUUCACAAAAUGUCCGAGGAAGAGGAUGAAACUCCUGCAGAUUUGGAUUUUUCUUGCAGGAAGAUGGCAAAAGACAAAAGCAUGGAUCCUUCUUUGGAAACCUCUUCUUUUAAGAUCUCUAAUGAAGAAUUUCAUCCAAAUGCUGCACCAAAGAAGCUAUAUAGACGAAGAAGUGAAGUUUCAAUGGAUGUCGUGUUAAGAAAGGGGCUUUCUCAUGAUUUAGAUAUGGAGGACUCGCCCACAAAAACAGAGAAAGAUACCACUGAAGAUUUGAUGAACGUUUCCUCAAGGAAUCUUUACAAAGAAAGGUAUGAUGUAGAUCCACUGGAGAUGAAAAAGAGUUAUCGGCAUGAGCUAGAAACAUCAACAGAAGCACAUAGGAUAAUUUCACGGGAUAUUAUGGAGACUUCUAUAAAUGGUGCUUCAAGAAAGAAAAUGAGAGAUGAUACUGAUCAUCCGAUUGAAACUAGAAGACUGACAAGGAAUUCAAUGGGAAUGUCCCAAGACACAGCUUCUAGGAAGCAUCUGCUGAGUACAGGAGACCAUCACCAUGAAUCCUCUCUGAUAGCCGCACCAAAGGAUAAAAUAUCUGAUAGUGCUAUGAUACCACAAAGAAAGAUAUCUAGAGAUGAACUGGAAUACUGUGCAGACACCGCUUCUAUCAAGAUGCACCCCAGAGAGACAAUGGAGGCUUUUAGGGAUACCUCAAGCGUUAAGGACACGCCAGAGUUUGGUCUGGAGUCCUCAAAAAGCCGAGGAAUACUUAGAAAUGAAGGUGAGAUGUCUUCUGGUUCUGUUAGAAGGAGGAUAGUUGGAAUACCAUCAAGCGGCACCAGUUCAACAGAUACGUUCUCUGAAAACAUCUCCUGGGAUAGAGUUAAUGCUCCAGUUGACAUGCAUAAACAUCUAACAAUGAGGGAGGACUUUGGAGGGUUUGAAUCAAGUUCUCUUCCAUGUCGUAUUGGACAGCCAGAUCUUAUGCAAACAUCCCAAGUGCCAUGGCAGUCUUCCUCAGACCUCUGCGCUGCUGGGCAUCUGAGCCAGCUUGUGUACGAUGGAAUCCUCGAAAAGUCAUGCAGCUCCAUGGCCUCAGUGUCAACGCCUCUUUCAGCCUCUACACCAAACCUACCACAGAGCAGACUGCCAGCUGAGGUGGAGUCACCGCUGUCACCUACAAAGGCUGGCCACUCAUCUCUGGCAUCACCCCAUGAGAGCGGAGAGGACAAGAACAAAGAUAAGGAUAAAAGCAGGAAAACCUUAAAGCUCAAAAAUCUUUUUAAAAAGAAAAAUGAGCCAACUCCAGAAAAGUCUCACAGCGGUCUUCAGAAACUCUGACAGCCUGCGGUUUUUCCCCCCCAUCUCCCAGGUUUCUAUGAAUUCACAUAUUCAAGCUUCACGACAUGUUAGAGUUGGCUAACUGCCGACGAGAGGCCAUACAACUGCUUCUUCUGGUGCAUGGCGCCAUCAGAUGAACGAUGAUUGGUUCGGCUCAGGAACCACAUACCACCUGCCCAGUAGCAAACCAGGGAUUUUCAUGUGAAGCAUCAGCACUACCCUCGAACUCAACAAGGUGUUGAAACUCCUAUAUUUCAUGCCCAACCUCUGAUGGGGAACAGGGUCAUCUGCAACCCAGGAUUCCUUGCCACUGACCUGUAUUUGAAUGCUCUGAAUCUCAAUCACGGGGUAUUUACCACACAACUAUUCAAAAGAAUUCAACUGGUUCUGUCUUGAUCAGAAAAAAAACGUAAGAACUGCUCUGCUGAGCACAGCAACGCUACAACCAAGAUGUUGUGUUCUCCUACAGCGACAGCUAGGAAAAUGGACGAAUGUGUUACCCUAAGCUGACUGAUUUCAUUAAGUACUAAUGUCACGAUGUCCAGGAAUUCAGUGUUUUUGAGGAGGAGUUAUUUAUAUAAUUACAUAUGGUGAUUUUUUUUUAAUGAUGCGGUGCCUGCUUUGAGUUGUUCAGAAAAUGUCUAAACAGAAAAGUACGUAACUGUGUCUAUUUUUAUGUCGAUUAUCAACUGUCUACGUACAGUAGUUGAGAGUUUCAUUCUAAACUCACAUUGGAAAUUAAUUUUACUUGUUUAAGAAGUCUUACAGCCACACGGUUACCAAAAUGACACAGAUGUGUGAUUUUUAAAAAGAUGUUUUGCCUAAAGCUAAAGGAGUACAUGAUGUUGGUAAUGCUGCUUUUUCUCUGUAUAACAGAGUAAAUGAGUCACAUUAAACCUCGAAUGAAAAGAUCAAGUGACGUGAAUAGAGCUUGUAAUCAUCCAUUCGCUUAAAUUGAGAAAUCACUUUUUUUGGAAAGCGUUCUGAUUUUACUAAAACUAACGAUGUCGUCCAUGUCUACUUGGGAGUUACGAUUUUCAGGCUCUGAGUUGGAAACAUCAACUCAUACUCUCUGAAACCAGAGUUUUAACUUGGAAAGGCACUUAGUAGAUUUUCUGUAUUCAGAGUUAGAAAAAUCCACCAAAACGCACGGGACGAAUAGGACUUCUGACUUAACGGGUCAUGUUUUAUCAACCGCCUCAGAAAAUCCAAUAUGGCAACCUGGCAUAGAGAAGGGGAUAAAACUGCAGCAAUAAACAUAUUUUCUUGUGCUUCUGGUGGUUUGUAACUGAGUAAAUCAAGGGAACUUAUAGUACUCUACAAUGUUUAUUUGUGAACAACAUAGCGAAGUCAAUCCAUUGGUAUUUUGGCUUGUAUUGCAAAUUGUUAUUACUGAGCAACCAGUAACAUCUUUCCAACUUAAAACCGGAUCUCUAGAAUUAAGUGGGGUGUGAUGUCUUUUCUUCCUCUGGUUUAAAUCACAACCUGAUCUCAAAUACAAAAUGGCUGUUGCAUUUAAAAGGUGCAGAAAACUACAGCAAUGAAUAGUUUAUUUGCACUCCUGCUGGUUUGAACCAUAUUAAAUCAGUUGCACAGAUAGAAAUGCAAUAUGUUUCUGCAGUGUUUAAAGGCAUAAAACACUGAUAAAUACAUUAUUUGCUUGUAUUGGUAAUGAUAAUUAGCCUAGUGACUGAACACAACAGUUGGCAAAUUCCACAGGUUUUCUUAUGUAAUGUGGUUAUUUCUGGGAUGACUUCAAUCCCAAAUGAGACUUUGAUAUUUGAUCUCAUCCUAAAUAGGAAAUCUCACAAUGCUAUAUAAGUGAUAACUGAUACUUCCAUCAAAUCUGGUUCAUCUGAUCUCUAUCAGGUUCCCAAACUAUUUAAAUCAAUUUAAAAAAACAACAACAACACUGAUUCUGCCAUGUUAUUGUCUAUUAAAAAAAACAAUAAAGCCAAAAUGGAAAAAGUGGUGAAAAUAUUUACAGUGCUAAAAACCUUAGAUACAUCCCAAAUCGGAAAAAAAAUCUAGAUUUUUUGAAAGGUUUAGUUUUUAUAUGGCUUUUUAAGUUUUAGAAACCUAUGUUAUAUUAAAAUCACUAUUUUUGUUUUAAGAUCUUUUGAUGUCAAUGCCAAAACAAAAGGAAGGCAUUAUAUGAUGAUAAGUGGGUUCCUUUCUCACUCUGAUAAAAAAAAAAAAAUAGACAUACAUGUUGUUAUGAGACAAAUAUUGACAUGUAUGACUUUCAGAAACACUCAUCGUGUGAGGGGUAACUUUUCUGUUUUCAUUUUAGCUCUGUAACUGUCUUCAUCAGAAAUAUGGGAUGAUGAUGGAUGGACUUUACUCUGUAAAGGAGGACAAGUCGCUUAGCAUUUGGAGGGUUUACCAGAAAAGAAAUACAUAUUAUUGAGAAAUUCACAAGAAAUAGCUUCUGCUGUAUUAUUAAAAAUUUGAGCAACUUGUGCCUAAA